AUGUUAACCUUUCUGUUAUGGUUAUCAGGCACAUAUCAUGGCAUCCCACAACAUACUGCCACGACCACAGUGACCGUCCGGGUAACCGAUGUCAAUGACAACCCACCAGUUUUUGAAGAACCUUUCGGCUACAAGACUAGUAUACCAGAAGGCUUCGAGGGAUACUUACCAAUUGUCCCGGCUAUAAAAGUCAAAGAUGAGGAUGUAAGUCUGGAAAAUCGAGAGACAACAUUUAUUCUUAAAGGACAUGGAAGUGAAUUUUUUCAAAUAAAUUCCCAUACAGCAGAAAUAGCCGUGAAAUAUGGUCACCAUCUUGAUUGCGAACAUGAAAGUUUCUAUUCUCUUCAGCUAGUUGCCAGAAAUAAAAAAUUGGUUACAAUAACGCCAUUGGAAAUAAAUAUCGAGGAUCUGAAUGACCAUACUCCCGAAUUUCUCGAUGAAUUUUCCUUUGUCUUGGACCCAGAUACAAAAGUUGGUACGACAAUUGGUCAGUUGCAAGCUCGAGACAUGGACAGAACAAGCAAGAACAACCGCUUCACCUUUUUCCUGAAGAGUGGAAACAUUUCUCCUAAAAAUAGAAAGGAAAUUAGAAAUGCUCUUUCACACUUUUUUCAGUUUCAUCUUGGCUUUCCUAUGCUGCUCAGAGGUUGGUGUAGUUGCAUUGCCACACUCUCCUUUCCGCUUACUAUUUCUUUUUCAUCCCAUUCUGCCUUACUUUCCUUCACCAAUGCCACUUUGUCUUCUCACACACCCGUGGCACUUUUCCUUACACUCAUACUUCCCUACCACAUUGUCUCCCCCUCCCGCCACUAUCUGGUUGACCUUUGCCUUCAUCCUUUCUCUGUUUCUCUCUCACUCUCUCUCUCUGGCGUUGCCCUUUGCCUUUCUCUCUCUCUCUCUCUCUGGCGUUGCCCUUUGCCUUUCUCUCUCUCUCUCUGGCGUUGCCCUUUGCCUUUCUCUCUCUCUCUCUCUGGCGUUUGCCUUUCUCUCUCUCUCUCUCUCUGGCGUUGCCCUUGCCUUUCUCUCUCUCUCUCUCUGGCGUUGCCCUUUGCCUUUCUCUCUCUCUCUCUCUGGCGUUGCCCUUUGCCUUUCUCUCUCUCUCUCUCUCUCUGGCGUUGCCCUUUGCCUUUCUCUCUCUCUCUCUCUCUCUCUGGCGUUUGCCCUUUGCCCCUCUCUCUCUCUCUCUCGUCUGCCCUUUGCCUCUCUCUCUCUCUCUCUCUCUGGCAUUUGCCCUCUCUCUCUCUCUCUCUCGUUGGCCUUUGCCUCUCUCUCUCUCUCUCUCUCUGGCGUUGCCCUUUGCCUCUCUCUCUCUCUCUCUCUCUGCUCUUGCCCUUUGCCUCUCUCUCUCUCUCUCUCUGGCGUUGCCCUUUGCUCUCUCUCUCUCUCUCUGGCGUUGCCUUUGCCUCUCUCUCUCUCUCUCUCUGGCGUUGCCCUUUUGCCUCUCUCUCUCUCUGGCGUUGCCUUGCCUCUCUCUCUCUCUCUCUGGCUUUGCCUCUUGCCUUUGCCUCUCUCUCUCUCUCUGGCGUUGCCCUUUGCCUCUCUCUCUCUCUCUGGCGUUGCCCUUUGCCUCUCUCUCUCUCUCUGCGUUGCCCUUUGCCUCUCCUCUCUCUCUCUCUGGCAUUUGCCCUUUGCCUCUCUCUCUCUCUCUCUCUCUCUCUCUCUCUGGCGUUGCCCCUUUGCCUUUCUCUCUCUCUCUCUCUCUCUCUCUCUCUCUCUUGCUCUCUCUUUCUCUCUCUCUCUCUCUCUCUCUCUCUCUCUGGCUUUGCCCUUUGCCCUCUCUCUCUCUCUCUCUCUGGCGUUGCCCUUUGCCUGUCUCUCUCUCUCUCUCUCUGGCGUUGCCUUGCCUCUCUCUCUCUCUCUGGCUCUCCCUUUCUCUCUCUCUCUCUCUCUGGCGUUGCCCUUUCUCUCUCUCUCUCUCUCUCUGGCGUUGCCCUUUGCCUGUCUCUCUCUCUCUCUCUCUGGCGUUGCCCUUUGCCUGUCUCUCUCUCUCUCUGGCGUUGCCCUUUGCCUCUCUCUCUCUCUCUCUGGCGUUGCCCUUUGCCUUUCUCUCUCUCUCUCUCUCUGGCGUUGCCCUUUGCCCUUUCUCUCCUCUCUCUCUCUCUCUCUCUGGCGUUGCCCUUUGCCUCUCUCCUUUCUCUCUCUCUCUCUCUCUCUCUCUCUGGCGUUGCCCUUUGCCUUUCUCUCUCUCUCUCUCUCUCUCUCUCUCUCUCUCUGGCGUUGCCUUCUCUCUCUCUCUCUCUCUCUCUCUGGCUGCCCUUUGCCUUCUCCUUCUCUCUCUCUCUCUCUCUCUCUCUCUGGCGUUGCCCUUUGCCUUUCUCUCUCUCUCUCUCUCUCUCUCUCUCUCUCUGGCGUUGCCUUUGCCUCUCUCUCUCUCUCUCUCUCUCUCUCUCUCUCUUCUUGCCCUUUGCCUUUCUCUCUCUCUCUCUCUCUCUCUCUCUGGCAUUCAGUUUUCCUCAAUAUAAUCCUCGGCAAUGGAUUGUCUAUCUACUCAUCCAUUCACUCUUCCUCUGCCGUCGUAACUUACCAAUUAAGAUAUGUCGUGCAAGAAAAGAUCAUUCUUUUCGCAUAAGAACUGAAGCGAGUAGCCUGAGCAUGAAUCCAUACUGCUCUCUCUCUCUCCCUUAUCUCUCUCUCUCUCCCUUAUCUCUCUCUCUCUCCCUUAUCUCUCUCUCUCUCUCCCUUAUAUCUCUCUCUCUCUCUCUCUUAUCUCUCUCUCUCUCUCUUAUCUUAUCUCUCUCUCUCCCUUAUCUCUCUCUCCCAUUCUCUCUCUCUCCUUCUCUCUCUCUCUCCCUUAUCUCUCUCUCCUCUCUCUCUCUCCUCUCUCUCUCCCUUAUCUCUCUCUCUCUCUCCUAUCUCUCUCUCUCUCCCUUAUCUCUCUCUCUCUCUCCCUUAUCUCUCUCUCUCUCUUAUCUCUCUCUCUCUCUCCCUUAUCUCCAUAUAUAUAUAUAUAUAUAUAUAUAUAUGAUUGGUGUGUUGCGAGUGAAAGAUUAUAGACGCAUUGAUUGUGAAGAAAUAUGUGAAUACAAUCUAACGGUAAGUCAUUGGGCAUUUUCUUUUAAUUUCUUAAACGUAGCUUCCUUUUUAUUCAUGUUGUAUUCUUUUCAAAAUUAG